CCACGGCUUCUUAUUUCACUUGUGGUGUCGAUUACAAGUACAAGUAUGCAAUAUAUAUAGGAAGAGUGCAUCUAGGGUUUCGUAACAUGGGCCGGGCCAAAAAAGUCAAGCCCGAGCCUCCACAAACCCAACAUGACGGCACCGGAGGCACAACAGAUGGUUGUCGGGUUAUUGAGCGGGCGAACGGAGUUGGAAGCGACGUCGUACUCGACGGAGCGGGCGGUGCAUUCGGCCGGACUGACGGAGCAGUCUAUGCCGGGGAUGACAAACUUGGAGGCUCCGAAACCGACGCGGUCGGAGAUGACGACGCGGUCGUUGUGAAGGAGCUGCAUGUGCACCGCCACUAUCCCCAUGUCGUUCUGCACUACGUCCCACCCUCCUCCCGUGCCCUUAGAGACGACGGCCGCAUCCACAGCGCCGCCGAAGAAACUGCCAGCGCCGGCCGCCAAGCACCAUAAGAGGAAAAAUAAUGGAUUCAUCGCCAGUUAAUCUCGAUGUCACUCAUACCCCAAUUUGCUCCUUCACUCCCCUUUUAUAAUAAAUAAAGGAUAUAUGA